AUGGAUGGGAAUGUUCAGCAGGUGACACUCGCCCUACAGGGAACACUUCAGCUUGAUCCUAAUAUAAGGAAACAAGCUGAAAAUCGGAUUUUUGAAUUCGAAAAAGUUUCAGGUGAGGGUUUGCAACGCUUCUUCUUCAACUUGUUUGCUCCUGAUGAAGCGGUGCCAGAGAUUCGCAUGGCGGCCGCUGGAGAGACACCCGAGGUGGAUAUGACUCCGGAAGAAGAGGAACAGAUUCGCCAAUCCAUUCUUCAGGGGAUGUUUCUCAUCCGAGGUACUCUCCAAGGACAGCUCUCUCAUGCCGUGCAACUUAUGGCCAAGGUACAGCGAGACUUUCCCGAACGUUGGCCCACGCUGGUUCCAUCACUCGCUGAGCAUCUGAAAGUUGAUGAUCUGGGGCGUCUUGUUGCGGCUCUUUCGGCUAUGGAUCAGCUCUUCAAAAAGUUCCGUUACGAAAGCAAAUCUACCGCUCUGUGGACAGAGCUCAAGUCGUGCUUGUUAACCGUGCAAGAGCCUCUCACUCAAGUAUAUGCUAAAAUGAUUGAGUUUAUUCCACAAAGAUCAACGAUGUCGUCAGAAUCGCUCACCCAGUGGCUCGAGAUUCUCUGUCUUGUUUGUAAAGUGUUUCACUCGCUGUGCUUCCAAGAUCUCCCGGAAUAUUUUGAGGAUAAUCUGAAACCUUGGGUAGAAGGCUUCUUGGAAAUCAUGAAAAUGGACUGUCCUGGGAUUUCUUCAAGUGCUGGAGAAGCAACGUUCCUCGAUGAAUUGAAGAUGGAAGUUUGUGAGAUAUUCACCUUAUAUGCUCAACGCUUCGAGGAAGAGAUCAAUCCAUUCAUGCAGAAUAUCAUCCAAGCAGUAUGGCAGCUUGUAGUGCAAACCGGGGCCCCUUUGUUAACGGCACGAGUGGUACCUGUUGGAUCUCUCCUCAAUAACCUUGUCGCAGGAUUCGACAAGGAUCCGAAAGCACAAAAUUCUCCCUACCUCAUGAAGGCUGUGUUACGAUGUGUGGCUUCUUUGAUGAAAGACGAACCAGCUGCUCGUCACCGGGCAACAACUCCGCGCGCAACUUCGCUCCCUUCGGUAGCAUGCAGCAACAAAGAGUCCGCUGACCGCAGUACCAUCACUUUAUUUCAUUCCUAUUUUCGAGAACAAGUGGUUUCCAUCAAGAAGACAUUUUUUAAAAACACCCGCCCCGAGUUAGUGAUGCGGGAUCACGGCGCCUUAGUGAUGCAGCAUUUCUCAAGGCUGGUGGGGUCGAAGUCUCUUGAUCAGUACGGCUUCCAGAUGGCAAAUGCUAUACUGCCGGUUGUUGAGAUGGUGCAAGGUGUUGAGAAUCCAAUGAGUGUGCUGUUAAACAAUAUGUUCCGGCGAGUACAGUUCAGUAAAACGCCAAAGUUUAUGAAGCACUUCGUCGUGUUUCUAUGCCGAUUUGCAAUUGUGCGAGGAGCUGAGCAUUUUGCAAAGUCUGUGGAAGCUAUCCAAACAGGCAUGUUUCGUAUGCUGUUGGAGAAGGUUGUAGUUGCUGAAUUACCGAGUCUGCACAAUAUGACAACGCUGGACGAUAAGCGAAUAAUAGCGAUUGGUGUCGCGAAUAUGUUGGCCGAUGCAACUAACUACGUUGGCGACCAAUACGGCCCGUUGGCGAUCGGAACAGCUCAACUAAUCGAAGCCCCAUCAGCAAGUGAUCGGCCUGUUCUUUCUCCGGAAGAGGAGCAAGCAUCGAUGUACAAUGCUGAAGGAGAGUUCACGAAUCCAUACUGCCGCCUAAGCUACGCUCCACGAGCGGAUCCUCUUGCCCCAGAAAUUACAAACUUCAAAAAUUAUCUAGCUCGGGCCGUCCUUCAACGCGGCCCGGCAGCGAAUUCGGCCGUCGAAUCUUGCAUUCCUGCUGAGUUACGAACUCAUUUGAUGGCAUAUGUCUCACUUUGA